GAAAUUGAAGCCAAACCUUGGUUGUCAUUACGGAUGCUACGUCACGUACUUCCAGUACAUUACGACAUUGUUAUGUAUCCGGAUUUUUACGAAGACCAUGGCGACUUUUACGGCAACGAAACCAUUGAACUCCAAGUCCUCAAAGCUACCAAAUAUUUCCUGGUUCACAUCCACACAGCGUACCUCAACAUUACCCAAACGGCUCUGGUUGACAACAGCACGGGACAUCAGAUUGACAUCGUUCGUACAUUCUACUAUAGUCCGAAUGAGUUCUUCGUUAUUGAGGCCGCUCGUCCCGUGGAUGAAGCUGUUAGAUUGGUGCUUGGUUUCCAGGGUAGUUUAACCAAGGCCAUCAUGGGGAUCUACAAGAGCACUUACUACAACACACAAACAAAAGUGGAAAGACAGAUGGUGUCCUCCAAGUUUGAACCAACAUACGCACGACAAGCUUUCCCCUGUUUCGAUGAGCCCAACAUUAAAGCUGAAUUUACAGUAACAUUGAUACAUAGAACAGGGUACACGGCUCUGUCCAACAUGCCUCAGGAUGGAAGUCCCGCCCCCCACCCGGGGAUGCCAGACAUGGUAGCAAGUAAAUUUAUGAGGUCAGUGAAAAUGAGCACGUAUUUGGUUUGCUUCAUCGUCUGCGACUUCUUGUUUGUAGAGACCACUUCUACACGUGGCAUACCAGUUCGUGUUUACGCAACCCCAGAUAAGAUCAACCAAACCCAGUAUGCUCUGGAGAUUGCUAAACACACUCUUGAUUACUAUGAAAUCUUAUUCAAUAUGACUUACCCUUUGCCGAAACAAGAUCUGAUCGCCAUUCCUGACUUUGUUUCUGGUGCCAUGGAGCACUGGGGCCUGAUCACCUUCAGAGAAAGCAAUCUGCUCUAUGACCCAAAUCGGACCUCACUGUCGAGUCUGGAGCAUGUGGCGCUCGUUGUGGCUCAUGAAAUGGCGCAUCAGUGGUUCGGAAACAUCGUCACUAUGGACUGGUGGAAUGAUCUAUGGCUGAACGAAGGUUUUGCCAGCUUUAUGGAGUACGUUGGUGUCGCUGAUAAAGAGAGAGACUGGAAUAUGGAAAACAUGAUACUCGUCAAUGACCUGUUUCCGGUAAUGAAAGAGGACAGUGAACUUUCAUCACAUCCAAUCAUUGUGGAAGUCACCAGGCCAAGCGAGAUAACUUCUGUGUUUGAUUCCAUCUCCUACUCAAAGGGCUCCUCUAUUAUCAGAAUGUUGGAACACAUCAUGGGAAAAGAUCAGUUUUUUGGUGGAGUUGCAGCAUAUCUUACAAAAUUUAAAUGGAGCAAUGCAGUAACUGAUGACCUGUGGGCAGCUCUUUCAGAGUACGACACUGAAAAGAACAUUAAGCACAUCAUGGACACAUGGACAAUUCAGGAUGGUUUCCCUUUUGUGAACAUAACUUUAGAGACUUCCUUAUCAGGUGUUACAACUGUUACUGCCAAGCAGAAGAGGUUCAUGUCAAACCCAAAUGCAGUAGUGAACCCGUCAUCUUCACCACUGGGGUACAAAUGGUACGUCUCUCUAGACUACAUAUCAUCUAGUGGUAACAAAGGGAGAGAAAUCAUGAAUCUAACAGAUAUCAGUUUUUCUGAAUCUCUUGGCUUAAGCCAGCCUGGCAGCUGGAUCAAAUUUAAUUAUGAACAGCAAGGCUUUUACCGAGUCCUGUAUCCAGAUGAAGUGUGGCUGGCUUUUUCUGAUUAUUUGUUGACAACCAAUUCUACUGGUUGGGGUUUGUCGGUGCCAGAUCGUGCUGGACUACUCAGUGAUGCCUUUUCUAUGGCAGCUGCAGGACUAGUAUCCUACAAGAUCCCCCUUGGACUGAUGUCGUAUCUAUACAAGGAAAUGGAAUUUAUUCCAUGGUCAGCUGCACUAGAUAGUGGAAUAUAUUACAUUACCAAUAUGCUAAAGACAGAUCCAGAAUUUGGCCUCUGGAAGAAAUUUGUAGGUAGCAGACUUCUACAUAACUUGCAAAAUCUGAGCUACACUGAUGCAGGCUCACACAAUCAGAGGAAACUGCUGGCCAAGCUUAUGCAAGCAGCUGGGGAAGUGGAGGAACCACACACUGUAGACAAGUUUAGGGAUCUUUUUCAUGGUUGGCUGGAAUUAAAUACAUCGAUUUCUGUGAAUUUGCGUUCAACAGUCUACAAAUAUGGGAUGUACUACAGUGGUUCAGAUUCAGACUGGGAAACAAUCUGGGCCAAAUACAGAGUGGAAUCAUCACCCCAAGAGAAAGAGCUUCUAGCUCUGUCUUUGGCAAACACAAAACAGCCCCAUCUAAUUGCAAAACUGCUUAACCAUGCCAAGAAUGAAGAUGGAAUUAAAAUUCAAGAUUUCUUUACUACUGUGAGUAAUGUUGGAAGCAACAUAGCAGCUGCUGGGAUUGUUUGGGACUGGGCUCGAGAAAACUACCAGGUUUUUAUAAACAGAUUCACAGUCGCGGACAGAAAUUUUGGACGCAUGAUUUACCUAAUGGUUAGAAACUAUAAAACAGAGUUUAAGCUUCAAGAGGUGAAGGACUUCUUUUCUCGCUACCCUGAAGAAGGUUCCAGUGCACGAUAUCGUAAAAUGGCUCUGGAGUCAAUAGAAAGAAAUAUCUUCUGGAUGAAAACAUAUAAACCAAUCAUCAUUGACUGGUUGAAGACGAAUGCAUAG